AUGAUAGCCCGCGAGACAACCCAGAUGCCGCUCGAGGUGGCCGUCUUCUCAGGCGAAUCGGCCCUCAAGGCCCAAAGCCAAGGCGCCUCGCGCGUCGAGCUCAACGCCCCCGGGUCGUACCACGUCGGCGGCACCACGCCUCCCAUCGCCGAGCUCAAGAGGAUCGCGGCAAAGGUCACCAUCCCCGUGCGCAUCAUGAUCCGCCCCCGCGGCGCGCCCGGCGACGGAUCCCCCGACUUCGUCUACACGCCCAAGGAGGUCGCCGCCAUGGCCCAGUCGAUACGCGACUUCAAGGCCACGGGGCUCCUCAACCCCUUCCGCGGCGACGGCUUCGUCUUUGGCCUCCUGCAGCCCACGCCUGCCGAGGACCCCCUCUCCCUCCCGGGGGAGCCAGACGCCGCGUGCGGCCUCCGGGUCGACGACGCGUCGUGCCGGGUGCUGCUCGACGCCGCCAGGCCCUUUGGGUGCGUGUUCCACCGCGCCUUCGACCCCAUCGCCGCCACUAGGCGCAUCGGCGACGGCGUCGAGGCCCUCGUCCGCCUGGGCUUCGAGGGCCUCCUGACCGCCGGCGGCCGCGGGCCCUGCGCCGCCAACGUCGACCGCCUCGACCACGAGUGCCACCGGCAGGCCGGCCGCAUCCAGUUCGUCCUCGGCGGCGGCCUGCGCGCCUCCAACGUCGAGCGCGUCGCCGGCCGCUUCAGCACCUACGAGAAGGGCAGCGUGUGGAUGCACACGGCCGCCCUGAGCAGCCGUCCCGACCACCCCGCCGAGGAGAUUGACUCCAACGAGCUGGUGGGCAUGCUGGCAAGCUUGGGUUCCGUCCCGGUGCGGUAG